AUGGUCAGUGAAGAGAUUGUCAAAGCAGAACCAGCACUGCAGCAACAAGAUGCCCCUUCUGUAGAUGAAACCUUAACAGCAGACAAUUCUGACAAAGUGGAUUUAGCUAUUGUUUUCCACUUGUCUACUGACAUCAAACCUGCAGAAAUCAAAAGAUAUUUUGUGCCUUUGGUGACAGCAAUUGUUGAAAAGGCACAGAUAGACAGUGGUAAUGUCCGAAUUGCUUUGAUCAACUAUGCUAAGAGAGCUCGCACUAAGUUCAAUCUCGCCAAGUACAGAACAUCAGCCGAAGUCAUUAAGGAAAUCCAAAGCAUUGAUGGUGGGGACAGGGCCAAGAAAUCAUCCGGUGGCAGUGCGUUUAAUGAGGUUCGAACAGACAUCUUCACAAGUAAAGGUGGAGACAGACCUGAUGCCCCAAAUGCUGUAAUUCUCAUCACAGAUGACAAAAAUUCAGAUGACCAAGAACAGUUUGUUCAAGAAGCUGAGGCACUAAAGCGAGCAGGGGUUAAGAUUAUCACCGUCGGCAUGGAGUCAGCUAAUGUUGAUGAACUGAGAGCAGUUUCCAGCGAUCCUGCAGUCAAGAAUGCCAUUUUUGCUAAAACUUAUGUGACCGCCUUUAGUUCGGAUGUUGUUGAACAAGUCCGCAAUACCCUUGCAGGCUUGCAAGAAAGAAGAGCUCCUCCAGGGCGACCAGAGCCAGAGCCAGAACGGCCAACAACAGGAGCACCAGUAUCCAUACUUGACCUCAGAAAUGAAGCCAAUGCAGAUAUUGUGUUUGCCGUCCACAUUGAUCCAAGCAAAAGGCGGCCAGAUUUUGACAUUCUGAAAUCGUUUAUCCAGUCUCUCAUUGCCGGUGCAGAUGUAGAUAAUGGCAGAGUCAGAUUUGGUUUUGUCAAUGGUGACAAACCUCCAAUCUUUUAUUUAAACAGAUACACGACAAAUGAAGAGAUCAAUAGAGCUUUGGCUCCAAUUAGCAAGAACAAUUUUAGGUUGUCCAGAUUUGAUCUGACCGGAACUCUUCGAAGGAUCAGGACCGAAGUAUUCCAGUCUCAGGCUGGGGACAGAGAAAAUGUGGCUAAUGCAGUCAUUCUGAUCACUGAUACAAAUUCUGGCCAAGAUUACUCCAAGAUAAAUGAAGAAAAAACCAGAUUGGCACAGCAAGGGAUACAAGUAUACACCUUAGGUGUUGGCCUCAGUGACAAGGGAGAGCUAGAGACUAUUGCUUCUUCGGAUCGCAAUGUUUUCUCUUUCUCUGAUUAUAACGAGCUACAGCGAUUUGGUUCUGCUUUAAGGAAUGAAAUCAGAGCAUUAAACACAAGACGGCCACCACCAGAUGUGGGUGAGUUCAGCGACAAUCAUAUUUUAUGUUGA